AUGCCACCUCGCGGCGCAAACGCGGCAGCGAUACUACCGAAGCUCGAGUUGCACCCGCGGCGCGCCGCCGAGCCAGCAGAUCCAACCGUAUCACUACCCGCCGAGCUGGAGGGAUCCGUGGCUCGUCGGCAGCUUCGGGCCGAGGCUGGAGGCUCGGUUCGAGGUCGGGGAGGAGCUGGGGCGCGGGCAUUUCGGCGUGGUGCGCGUGUGCCAGGAGCGGGGCAGCGGGGCGACGUUCGCUUGCAAGACAAUCAGCAAGGAGCUGCUUCAGGGCUCGCGGGCGAUGGAGGAGCUGCGCGCCGAGGCGCUGACGGCUCGCGGGAGAUGGAGGAGCUGCGCGCCGAGGCAUUGACGCCGCUGCUGCUGCAGCAGAUGGCGGAAGAGGAGGAAGAGGAGAGAGCAAGAGAAGGGGACGAGGAGGAAGCAGUCAACCCAGUCAACCCAGUCAACAGCACCAGCACAGAGAGGUCCCCCUGGGAGGGCCUGGUGCGUCUACAUUCAGUGUACGAGGACAACUGGGGGGUGCACCUGGUCAUGGACCACUGCAGCGGAGGAGACCUGUUUGACCUCGUUGACCGGUACGCUGAGUCAGCGGGCAUGCCCGAACAGCUGGCGGCCGCUGUCGUGGGCCAGCUGGCUGCCACGCUGGCGUGGAUGCACUCCGUGGGGGUGGUGCAUCGGGACUUAAAGCCCGAGAACAUCCUGCUGGCUCGGCCUUUCUCAGGGGACGCGAGCAGCUUUCCGAACCUCCACCUCUGCAUCGCCGACUUUGGCCUGGCAAGGCGAUUGGCGCCUGGGGAGCACCUGACAGGCUUGGUAGGGAGCCCUUUUUACUUGGCCCCUGAGGUCGUGAAAGGUCACCUGUAUGACCACCAGGUGGAUGUGUGGAGCCUCGGGAUUAUCCUCUACACCUGCCUUUCCGGGAAGCUUCCCUUCCAUGGCCCGAACCACAACGCCGUGUUUGCUGCUGCGUGCCGGGCGGCGCCAGAUCUGGUCUCGCCGGAGCUGUGGGGCGGGGUUUCUGCCGAGGCUAAGGAUCUGGUUCGGAGGAUGCUGCAGAAGGAACCUGGGAGGAGGAUCAGGUCUGCAACUGCCAACGCUGCAGCUGAUCCCAACCACCUCACCACCCCUCCCCAAGAUGAUGCCACUUCUUCCCAUUCCCCCACGCCCCCCCGACCCACACCCCCUCGCCCCCUCUCCAUCUGUCCCCCUCCCCCCCCUUCCCCUCGCACCCUUGCCACCUGUACUACCCCUACUCCCCGCACGCCCUCUCGCGCUCUCUCCGCCCGUCCACGCAAACCAACGAACCAAUCACCACGCCCUGCCGCUCCUUCCCCUCCAGCACUCCCCCCCUCGCUGCUGACUCAGCUCCGGGCUGACAGGGUGGCAGAUCUGAUGCGGCUGUUUCAAGCCUGCCAGGCUGGCAGCUCAGAUGAUGUGGCAAGGUGUCAAGGCAGCAGGCUGUUGGUUUAG